AAAGUAACGGGUGACGGUGAGGAAAAGUAUUUGAUUGCCACGAGCGAGAUGCCUAUUGCGGCGUACCACCGGGGUAAAUGGUUCACGGAGCUGAAGGAGCCGUUGAAGUACGCUGGAAUGUCGAGUUGCUUCCGGAAGGAGGCCGGCGCUCACGGCCGUGACACGCUCGGUAUCUUCCGUGUACAUCAGUUUGACAAGUUGGAACAAUUUCUGGUGUGUUCCCCACGGGAGGAGGAGUCCUGGCGGCAUCUUGAGGAGAUGAUUCGCACCUCCGAGGAAUUCUGCGAGAGCCUUGGACUGCCGUACCGCACCAUCAACAUUUGCUCUGGUGCGUUGAAUAACGCCGCGGCAAAGAAAUAUGAUGUUGAGGCAUGGUUCCCCGCAUCAGGCGCCUUCCGUGAGUUGGUAUCGUGUUCUAACUGCACGGACUAUCAGGCGCGCGGGGUGAAUUGCCGCUUCGGUCCAAACUUGCGCAACGUGUCGGCCAACAACGUCAAGGAGUACUGUCAUAUGUUGAAUGGUACAUUGUGCGCUAUUACGAGGACGAUGUGUUGCAUCUGCGAGAACUAUCAGACAGAGGAGGGUGUUGUCAUUCCAGAUGUGCUUCGUCCAUACAUGAUGGGCCUGGAGAUGCUGAAGUUUGCUGAUAACGUGCCAUCCGCCGAGGAAACAGAGCCAAAAUAG